CAUCAACAUGGCGAAAUAUCUACACGACUGCUUUCUCGACGCUACCCUUUCACGACACGGUUGACAGACAGUUGAGUCUAAAUCUGGAGAAUGUCCCACCAAUGGGGCAGGCACAAUUGUCUACUCCUUCAAGCUGAAGGGGGCCAGAGGGGUUUCCCGACUCACUGGUAACACAACGUUGACGUCAGACAGCUCAAGCGACUGGAAAUAAACUAGGAAACAGAAUUGAACACAUGGAAAGACCCAAUGGCGAGCCUUGCUUAUAAAGAGGGUGGGAUCUGGUGGUUGCUCGCACUUUCACGUUUGAUUUCCUACUUCUUCCCUCUCCUCUCUCUUUCUCUCCCCAGGAACACACACCUCGUCUUCUCUUUGAUUUCCUCUUGAAACAUGUCCAGUUUUGUCCCCGAUACCCUCAAGAAAGCUGGAAACGUAAUCAUGGGCCAAGGAAACAAGAAGAAUGCUCAGCUCGCUGAGAACAUGGUCGAGGCCAACCCCAAGGCUCCCAUGACCACCGAUUUUGGCACCAAGAUCGAGAAUACGGAUGACUGGUUGAGAGUAUCUAGUAAUGACAAGACCGGACCUAUGCUCUUGGAGGAUGCCGUUGCAAGGGAAAAGAUCCACCGAUUCGACCACGAGAGAAUCCCGGAGCGAGUCGUCCACGCCAGAGGAGCAGGUGCCUUUGGAACCUUUAGACUAUUCGAAAGCGCCGCCGACGUGUCGAAUGCCGGCGUCCUAACCGACACAUCCCGUGAGACUCCCGUCUUCCUACGCUUCUCCACUGUCCUCGGUAGCAGAGGCAGUGCCGAUACUGUUCGCGAUGUCCGCGGCUUUGCAGUGAAGUUCUACACCGAAGAGGGUAACUGGGACAUGGUCGGAAACAAUAUUCCCGUAUUCUUCAUCCAGGACGCCAUGAAGUUCCCCGACGUCAUUCACGCGGGCAAGCCUGAGCCGCAGCUCGAGUUCCCCCAGGCUCAGUCUGCCCACGACAACUUCUGGGAUUUCCAGUACCUUCACACCGAGGCUACACACAUGUUUUGUUGGGCCAUGUCGGACCGCACCAUCCCCCGCUCCUACAGAAUGAUGCAGGGCUUUGGUGUCAACACCUACACCCUCACCAACGACAAGGGCGAACGUCACUUUGUCAAGUUCCACUUCACCCCUGAGCUGGGCGUCCACUCCCUUGUGUGGGAUGAGGCAUUGAAGCUCGCUGGUCAAGAUCCAGAUUUCCACCGCAAGGAUCUUGCUGAGGCCAUUGAGAAUGGUGCCUUCCCCAAGUGGAAGUUUGGUAUUCAGGUUCUCCCCGAGUCAAAAGAACACGACUUUGACUUUGACAUCCUCGACGCCACAAAGGUCUGGCCUGAGGAGCAGAUACCCAUUCGCUACAUUGGCGAGUUGGAACUGAACAGGAAUCCCGACGAGUAUUUCACCCAGACGGAACAGGUUGCGUUCUGCACCAGCCAUGUCGUUCCCGGCAUCGGCUUCUCCGACGAUCCUCUUCUGCAAGGCCGCAACUUUUCUUACUUUGACACCCAAAUCACCCGACUCGGCAUUAACUGGCAGGAAUUGCCCAUCAACAAGCCGGUAUGCCCUGUCAUGAACUUCAACCGCGACGGCGCGCACCGCCAAACCAUCACAAAGGGCAACGCCAACUACUGGCCCAACCGUCAUGAGGCCGUUCCUCCAGCGAACCACUCCAAGGUAUCCGGCGCCUACGUUGACUUUGCCCAAAAGGUGGAGGGCAUGAAGCAGCGCACCAAGAGCGCCAAGUUCAAGGACCACUUCAGCCAAGCUCAACUUUUCCUCAACAGUCUGUCGCCAAUCGAAAAGACGCACGCAAUCAACGCCUUCGCCUUUGAGCUGGACCACUGCGAGGAUCCCAUAGUGUACGAGCGUAUGGCCCAGCGUCUCGCUGACAUUGACCUGGGCUUAGCUCAGGCUGUUGCCGAGAUGGUUGGCGCGACGUCACCCGAGAAGGCGAGCACGCCCAACCACGGGAAGAAGGCCAAGGGCCUUAGCCAGCUGGAGUUUGAGGCCGAGACUCCCACCAUCAAGUCGCGUCGUAUUGCCAUCAUCAUCGCCGACGGCUUCGAUCCUGUCGCGUUCGGUGCCAUCAAGGGUGCUACCGCGGCAGCUCAGGCUACGCCAAUGAUCAUUGGUACUCGCCGAUCCGAGAUCUUCCCUGCCGGCGCACCCAAGACGGCUGGCAACGGUGUUGUGCCCCACCACCACCUUGAAGGCUUCCGAUCUACUAUGGUCGAUGCCAUCUUUGUGCCCGGUGGUGCGGAUUCCAUCAAGACUCUAUCCAAGAACGGCAGAGCUGUCCACUGGGUUCGUGAGGCCUUUGGUCACUUGAAGGCCAUCGCUGCCACCGGUGAGGCUGUUGAUUUUAUCCAGACCGCCAUCUCGCUUCCCGAGGUUUCCUUGUCUAGCGAUAGCAAUGUCGCGGAAAGCUACGGCGUGGUCACGAUGAAGUCAAUUCAGCCCGAGAGCCUGAAGGAGACUGUUGAGAUUGUAAAGAAUAGCAAGGGCUUCUUGGAGCAGUUCUUUUACACCAUUGCUCAGCACCGCGUAUGGGCGCGUGAGCUUGACGGAUUGAGCACACAGCUGGCGUACUGAUUUGAUGAUUGAUGACAUAGGAUGGCAAUUAGAGUUUGACAAUGAUGACUACGUACUAUAAUGAUAAUUGAUCAUGACUUUCACACGUUAUUAGUUCUCAUAGUUUCGUGAUUUGACUUGAGUCUGCGAGCUGGAGUUGGUCGAGAAGGCUAUGGGGGCAAAAGUGUUCAAAUGGUACGACACCUAUGCUUCACCGGAACCUCAAAAGUCACGUUUGAGCAUAAAGUUAUAU